UGAACAGAGAACACACCUAGCAUGCUAGGAGCAAUAUCGCAUCCUGCCCAUGUGUAUCCUUCCUCGUCCAAUAUCUCCCCCGAUAAACCCGACCCGCAGCCGAUAUCAAGAAGGAAUGCAGGCUCAUCUGGUGGCAAGCUGAGUAGUUCCAGAGCCCGAUACGUCAUGUCAGCUUGAAUUGACUGGACACGGGUGCUGGUAAAUUUUUUGUGAGCGAAGUAUCGUAGCGA